UCCGGUCUCCAACGGAGUCCUGGUGAUUCACAGCUCCGGGGACAGUGACGAGGACAUCAGCGACAACCUCACCCUAAGCAGCUUCCUUCCGGAAAGUGACAGACCGGACGGGGGAGGAGUACCGAUGAAGAAGGAAAGAGGGAAGGAGGGAGGAAAAGAGAGGGAGGGGAGGUCCGCUCAUGCCUUUCAAAGCAGUCUGUCUCAACCAUCCCGCACUGGAAAAGCGCCCAUGUGGACCAGUUGGACUUUGCUGUCCUUCUUUGGAGCUCUUUACCUGCUGAGACUCUUCUCCUUCUUCUACUACUUCUUGGUGGUGGCUGAUCCUGGACUGCAAUGAAAUUGGCUUUGUACAACUCAGCCGAGGGCAGCACCGACCUCGAGGACCCAGACGUCACGACCUCCAGUGCCCCCUUGGACCACCAAUCCACGCCGCCAGACUUCCUGGGCCAGGUGGCGGACUUCAUGCGAGACCACAUGGUCCUAGUCCUGGUGGCGGCAUCCCUGGUCCUGAUUUCGCUCUUGGCCGUGUGCGGUGCCGUCUUCCUGACCCGGCGGCGUAAAUUCAAUGUCUACUACCCGUCGUCGUAUCCUGCCAAGAUGUAUGUGGACCAGCAGGACAAGAGUGGUGGGGCUAGGGGGUUUCAGGAAAUUUCGGAGAAUAAGACGGCGUCUGAGAGCAAUCAGGAAAGUCACCUGACGGAUACGAACAAGCAACUCCAGGCAGACAUCAUGAGGGUGGCGAAGAAUCUGAGGACUCCGACCAAAACCCUGGAGAACGCCUCCAAGAAAGAGACGUUGGAUAAGUCGCCACCGAGUGCCAUUGUGGAGAAGGGAGACGAGGUGAGCGGCCCGUCACCAGGGAGCGCUGCGGCAGAGAAUCCUCAAGAUGAGUCCCAGGAGAUAUCGACGAUCCGGAAUCUGCGACCUCCAUCUUUACAUCUUCACAACGACUCAGCCACUCUGCAGCUCAUCGCCGGGGAGAAAACAGCCUUCUAGAAAGGACUGCAAACACUUCGGACAAGUCUCGAAGCUUUAAGGACAUUUUCAGUUUGUUUGUUUUUUUAAAUAUGCGCAGUGAGACUACCGGUUAGCAUAGGACGGUCAUCAACUCCGGCCCUCGAAGGCACCUAUCCUCCAUGUUUUCCAUGUCUCUCUGUCGCAUCACACCUGAUUCAAACGAUCAAUUUAUUACCGAGCUCUGCUGAAGCCUGAUCCUGAUCACUUUUCAUUUUGGGCCGAAGGUGAUUAAGGUAGCGAACAGUGCAUGAAUGUUUAUUUUCUUUUUAUCACAAGUUCAUUCUGUGUAAAUGUUGCUAGGACUGGAAAUGAUUAAUACAUCAUGGAAUAUUGCAUAUGGUGGAGGUUGGGGGUCGGGGGGGGGGGUGCUUUGAUGUUGAUACUUAAAAAAUGUUUUGCUUUA